AUGGCUACUGCUCAGUUAGUUAGGAAAAAAGUUGACAAACAGAAAAUUGGGACGUGGUCUAGCGUAUUCCCAGUGGAACAAGUCACCCAGCAACAGUCAACAUUAUUCGUAAAGAAGCUACUGGCUGUGGCUGUGUCAAAUAUCACUUACCUUAGGACAAUAUUCCCUGAGCAUGCUUUUGGGGAUCGUUGUUUAGAAGAUCUUAAUCUCAAGAUAUUGAGGGAUGACAGUGCUUGCCCUGGUGCAUGUCAAGUUAUUAAAUGGGUCAAAGGUUGCUUCGAUGCUCUUGAUAAGAAAUAUCUGCGUAUGAUAGUGAUGUCAAUUUAUAGAAAUGAAAAAGAACCAGAUUUUUCUUACACCACUGACAGGACUGAUGAUUCUAUCAGUAUAUAUCGUAACGGAACUAAACUAGCACAAGCAGCCAGUCCGAAUGAGACACGUAAAGCUACCACAACAUUAUUAAGAACCAUCGUAGUACUGACACAGACACUGAAACCUUUACCAGACGAGGCACUAAUGACAAUGAAACUGUUUUAUUAUGAUGAAGUAACUCCUCCUGAUUAUGAGCCACCUGGCUUUAAGGCUGGAGAGGAUACUGAUGAUAAUUUUAUUAACGAGCCAAUGAAUAUUAAUGUGGGAGACAUUUACACUCCAUUUCAUUCUGUUAAAUUAAGGAUAAAGACAAGUGCUGAUCAGUUUGUAUGUGAAGAUGGAGGAGUAAAAGAUGAAGGUACUCAAGAUAAUGAUGGAGACAUCACUGUAGAACAGGAACUGGAUACAGCAAUAGCUUCAACUAACAACAACAGUAUUGCUACUGAGCCUUCUCCUAUGGAACAAGCUGAUAUUAAUGAAGAUGCUCCUUCUCCUCCAUUACUUGGUAAAGGACCACCAGUUGAUACUGAUUCUCUCAUUGUGAAAUGUCCCUGUGGCUAUAACGAAGAUGAAGGUCUGAUGGUAGCAUGUGAAUCAUGCCAUUACUGGCAACAUGCUAACUGCUUUGGACUAAGAACAGCUGAUGAUGUACCUGAACUACACUACUGUGACCUCUGUCACAAAGCUGGUAGUGGUUCAAUCUGUACAGAUAUUCAACUGGUAAAGAUGGGCCUCAGCGAGAGAAGGUUCUUUUGUUUAUGGCGUCGUUUGUUACUCUUGUGUUUAAAAAUACCAAGGAUUAUACCUUACCAUCUUGUCAAAAAAAUGAGUGUUAGCAGUAUUAUUGCUCAGCGUUUAGUUGCUCGUCUUGAGGAAGAAGGGUUUGUUAAAGCACCAAAAAGAGGCAAUGGACGCCUAUGGAAGGUUAUAUUGAAAGAUGUCAUUGAAUCAGUUGCGCUAAAGAAAUAUUUCAAGACAGAAGUUGAUAGUCCACUUGAAAAAACACAAACAAGGAGAAGGAGCAACAAAAGUGAUAAAGAUGAAGCUAGUAAUAAAGGAGUUACUGUUGAACAAUUAACAGUUAAGACAUCUUCGAUGAAUCUAAAACAAUCAAACGAUAAGUCAGCACCAGAUACUGCUGCUAACACUUCAGUAGACGAUGGGAAGAACCCAGACCCACCAGUGGUGCGUAGGUCACCACGUCUUGCUGCCAAAAGACCUCGCUCACUGGUGGAUCCUACAGUUGAAUUCCAACUAUCAAACAGUCAAGAUAUCAUUGAUCUGCCACAGGAAACUGGUAGAGUGAAGAAAAGAAGAAAGAUCAGUAUAGUAUCUAAAGUAUUACUUGUAUGA